UCGAGAAUGUGUAUGUAUGCUUUAGAGAUGGUCGAAAGUUUGUGUGAACUGUACGGAGAAAGUAAAACGUUGGAGGGAAUGGAGUUUUACAACAAAAAAUUGGUUUAUGAUUUUGCUGAUAUUAACAAAAUGGCUGAAGACGACGAGAUGGAAACAAAAUUACGAAAGUACGGUUUUGGAUAUCGUGCGAAAUAUUUGCAUCAGACUGCGAAGAAACUUGCCGAAUUAGGUGGUGAAGCAUGGCUGAAUGGACUUGUCGAACAACCGUAUGAUAGUGCUAAACAGCAACUUCAAACGUUACCUGGAAUAGGACCAAAGGUGGCAGAUUGUAUAUGUUUGAUGUCGUUGAAUAAGCCGGAUGUGAUACCGGUCGAUACUCAUGUCUUUCAAAUUACCUCAAAAGUAUUUAUGCCGGAAUUGAGCAAAAUCAAAUCUCUCAAUAAUGCGAUUUAUAAGCAAAUUGUUUCAUGGUUAUCGUUNAUAUGGCGUGAAAACUUUGGUGAAUAUGCUGGAUGGGCACAUACCGUGUUAUUCAGUACACAGUUAAAAUUAUUCAACAUCAAAGCAGUUGCUGAGAAGGAGAAUAAGAAGAGAAUUCUGAAGGAUCAAUCGAAUAAAACAGUCAAAAAAACAAAGAAAUAA